AGUAACUCGUUAGGUUUUUAGAUCGGAAUCAAUCUCCACACCAGAUCAACAUCGCUUAUCGUUUCGUGACAAAGCUCACGCGAUCAUAGGCCCCAAUUAGGAUGAGCAAGGGCGAAGAGCAGAACAGAGGCAUUUCCACCGCCGGCAGCGGCGGCUCCGGCGAUCCCCAGCCUCAGUACGGCACGUUCCAAGGCGUGGCCAACUACCCUCCUCCUCAUCCUCCGCCGCAUCAGCCGGCGAUCGGCUUCCCUCAGCCGGUCCCUCCUCCCGGCGCCUCCCAUGAUCCCUCCGCUCCUCCUCCGUACCAGGCCCAGGGUUAUCAGGCCGUUCCAGGUUAUCCAGUUGCUGAAGGAAGGCCUGUGAGAGAACGGCGUCUGCCUUGUUGUGGCCUCGGUUUUGGCUGGUGCUUGUUCAUCAUCGGUUUCUUUCUGGCCACCAUCCCCUGGUACGUCGGGUUGUGUUUUCUAGUCUGCUGCAGACAUAGAAUGGACUACCGAGAGAAACCCGGCUACAUCGCUUGUACAAUUGCAGCCGUUCUUGCAACAAUCGCUAUAAUUUUCGGGGUAACAAAAGGAGUUGCUGAUUGAUAACCAAGUUUGAGGCUGUACCCGCUGCUCAUGUGCUCCUAGUCUGUGCAUCUAUCUCUCUGAUUUCUACGACUGGGAUUGGGUGUUCUUGGUGAAAGCACAUUUGUUGUAGCCUGUUGAACAGCGAUAUGUGCACCGGGUGAAGCGCGAAUAUGUUUUUGUUUUAUAGCAUGAGAGAUUGAAGUUUGCGCAUCAUCUUACAUUGGUGUUUGUUUGAGACAUGUACUCAUAUCUUUUUGAGGGUUUGCAGACUCUUCUCGCCUGUAAUAAUGCAGGGAACCAAAACCUAUC